AUGAAUAAGUCUAGUGUGAGCGAAAACAGAGUUAUGUGUGGGAGGCCUGCUGACUACCCAGAAGGAGAGCUGAAUUUCCCACUGCUUAUAUGUUCAAUCAUUGCCUUGGGAGGAAUUUUGAAGGCGAGCAUAAAGAAUUCCAGAGUCCUUGACUUGUUAAUUCUUUCUGUAUCUGGAUUUAUAGUAGGACAAAUGGCCCAACAGUUUCCAAUGGUACACAAACUCAUCUUCCCUGUUCUAAACACAUCAAGUUAUGCACUUUACUGCUAUUUUUAUCCUAUAAUAAUAUUUGUGGCUGCUUUGGACGUGGACUUUUUUAUACUUAAGAAUGUGUUUUGGCAGGUCUUCUUAACUGCGUUCAUUAGCUUUUCUGUGUCUGUUGCCGUAAUUGGAUAUGUGGCUAUGAAGUUUAAUAAAGACUCGUGGGAUUUACAGUCUUCCAUAUUCUUUAGCUUGACCCUCAGCAGCAUAGAUCCUCUUUAUUCUGUGAAUCCACUGCAAACUAUUGGUGUUUCCAAAAUCUAUAUUGAUAUCAUUCGAGGAGAAUCUUUGUUCAUGUGCAGUAUAGUAGCUGUUCUUUUUGAUUUUUUUCAGAUUAUUAAGGUUCACUUUUCCGAAUUUAAUGAGCUUGAUACAUUCAUAAGUAUCGUUUUGUAUAUUUUUGGAAGCACAACAUGUGGAUUUGUGUCUGCAAAAAUCGUCCAGUGUAUAUUGAUGGACCUUUUAAGCAACACGCUGACAAAUGUCAUCCUCUGCUUUUCAAUGGUGUAUGUGACUUUCUAUUUUGUGGAAAUUUUCAGAAUGUCGGGCACUAUUACUUUAGUCACUAUAGGACUGAAUUUAAAUUCCUUAAAUUUUAAACCAAACAUGGAGUUCAUAAUUACUAAGUUCUUUAUGAUGUUUUCAUCAGUAUACCAUCAAUUAAUAUAUACCUUUUUUGGUAUUGUGAUUGGAUGUGGAGAGCAAAGCGUUUUUCAUUUUCACACCAUAGUUUUCAUUUUCAUCAUAUUUGUCAGUUUGAAUGCUGUCAGGAUGCUUACAGUGUUAUUAGUGAGACCUAUUUUCUUCCAUUCAAAGUAUGACUAUAGCUGGAGAUUGGGGAUUGUUAUCGCCUGGUCUGGAGUGAAAGGGGUUUUAAACUUAAUCUGGGCUCCUGAGAUGUAUAAUUUGUCUGAAACAAAAAUAAGAUCGCCAGAGAUGUGUAUAUUGUAUGUACAAGCCAUAUCAUUAUUGACCUUGGGAAUAAAUCCAUACAUGAUGACUCAGUCCGCCAAGACAUUAGGUUUGUGUUCGAUUUCUAUCCCCAGACAAAUAGCUAUGCAAAAUGCCAUUGGGCACAUAAAGGAGAUUAUAGCGAACACGAUAACUCUACUUAAAACAGAGAAAAUUUUGACAAAUGUUAAUUGGACCCUAGUGGAAGAAAAAUCCAGAAUUGAAUACAUCAUUCCUUUUCAUUGUAGCAAUUCUGAAAUGAAGGAGGCAUCUCUAACAGAUGAAGAAUUAAUAGAAGAAGCCAGGUUGCAUGUAGCUAUAAUACAAAUGAGUAGCUUUGAAAAACAAUGUAAUGAUGGAAUCCUCAAUGCAGAAGCAGCCCGGAUAUUAAUUGGUGCAACCAAAAGCUAUUGCCCAAUCCAAGGAAAAUUCAUGAGUAUUUAUGAUGUUUCUAAUUAUGUGAGAUCUAGAAGUUGGCUUAUGAAAUUUAAAAACAUGAUUACUGUCUUGGAAUAUCGUAAAGAAAAAUUACCUUUUAUUCCAACUGGGAAUGAUAGAUUAUUGUUUUUUAUGUAUCCAAUUGUCUUGUCAGAAGAAUUUGAAUAUACAGGAUAUAUUAUUACAUUACUAUAUAUUUUCCCUAUGAUAAUGCAUCUAUGGCCAAUGGCAAGAGAAUUAAAUGUGUCGGGACUGAUAUUAGUAAACUACUAUUUUGUGUUUUUAUAUAUAUUACAAGCAACAUUAAAGAUACUAAUUUUUAAAGGGAAAUAUUUUCAACUAUGUUGGAAUACUUUGGAAUUUAUUAUCUUGCUCCUUGGACUAGCUGAUGUCUUGUGUAUAUACUUUGUCAAAUUGAGACCAGAAAACUCAAUCCUGAUUCAGAUUACAGUACUCAUGGGAUAUUUCAGAAUCAUUAGGUUUCUUCCAAUCAUUAAGGUCAUAAUACCGGUCCUGAUUAAUAUUGUAGAUGCGCUAAUUAAGGAGCGUCUCAGUUUGAUGUAUAGUAUUACAAAAGGCUAUGUCAAAAGUCAAGAGGAUGCCAAAUAUUUAAUUAAACAAAUUUCUAGCCGAGAGUCAAUAUAUCAGAAAUUAAAUGACAUUUUGGAAACGAACCGGCGAGAUGCUGUGAAAGAACUAGGACACAUAGAACAUGAGGGGCGUGAUGUUGUCAUUGCUUUGAAGUCUAAGCAAGCAAUCCUGAAUGUGAUUCUUAAAGCUCAGAAGAACCUCACUUUCCUAUGUUCCAGAGGAAUUAUUGAUAAGCAUGAAGGCAUCGAGAUAUAUACGGUGUUUCUGAAAAAAAUAAAAGCACUGAAUAAUUUCCCAAUGGCAAUCCCACCCCCUACUCCUGAGAAAUAUCUUCAUAACAUCAUUUGGCUGGAAAAUAAAGAGGUUCUCAUCGAGUUUUUCAGGAAAAAAGCCAAACUUGCAUAUUUUGACUAUGGAGAUGUCAUAUGUAAGGAAGGAGAAAUGCCACAAGGAAUAUACUUAAUCAUCUCAGGAAUGGCAAUUUUGCAUAGUUCACCUCCUACCUUUGGAGUAGACAGUAGCCUAAAACCUGAAAAUAUAUCCCAAACGAUGUUUACCGAGUACUGCACUAGUGGAGAUAUCAUCGGAGAAUUGAACUGUCUGCUUAAGCGUGAAAAUGAUUUCACUGCGAUCUGUGAGACUAUUUUACAAGCCUGCUUCAUCUCCCUGGAGGAUUUGUACGAAGGCUUUGAUGUCUUCUGGCCCUCCCUGGAAUAUAAAAUAUGGCUAAAGCUGGCUCUCCAUAUCGCUUCUCAGUACUUUGAAUCAAGUCUGGUUGAUGAGGACUUGGCCUUUCAGAAGUGUGUGGAGUGUAACCAUGCCUACGUGGAGACUUUAUCGAGCUAUAAUGAAGUGGUUAUGGAUCCAAACAUGAAAUUUGUUAUUCUUGUGUAUGGUAGUGUAAUUGACACGAAGACAGAGAAAGCUUAUUUUGCACCUUCCAUGCUUGCUAAAACUUGUGAGCAGAUUCAGGGAACUUCAGACUUAAGCAAGUUACUGAUCAUCCUAUCAUCCGAGUCUACCAAUCAUAUUAAUAAUACCAGCAGCCUGGACACAACCAGCGAAAAGAAUAGAAUGGCCAAGAAAGAGUAUCGGAGGAGAACAAGUGAGGAUGACAUAUUUGCAUGA